UUAAAUAACUGUAGUUUGAUGGUAAGAAGACCAGCGUUAGAGAUGAUUGAUUAUAUUCAACAUGUAGAUCUUAAUAAACCUGUUGUUAAAGCUUUUUUCUAUGGACGAAAUGGUUGUGGUAAAUCUACGAGUUUAAGUCAUGUGAUACAUUAUUGUGGUAAAGCUGGCUUUUUAAUCGUCAAUAUUAGAUUUCCGUCUGCGUUAGUUCAGAGUUAUACUGGGUACGAAGCAUCAACUUAUAAAGAUGGUAGAAUUGAUCAUCCUAAAGACGCCAUGGAAUGGUUGAUUCAAUUUCAAUCUCAAAAUUCUCAUCUUCUGAAAGAUUUAAAGAUUAGUAAAGAUUGUAUUUGGAAUAAAAGAGAAUCAUCACCAGCAGGAACGUCUUUCUCUGAGCUGGUAGAAUUCUGUAUCAAUCGUAACACGUAUGCUUCUGAUUGUGUGGCCAUUUUAUUACGAGAAAUUAAAAAACUGGCUUGUGAUAAAAAAAUUAAAGUUUUAGUAUCAGUAGAUGGUAUUAACGGUUUAUUUAGAGAAUGUGUCAUGAGGAACGAAAAUAAAAAACUUAUUAUGAAUGAAGAUAUCACGUUAAUCAGAAGUUUUAGAAAAAUAAUUCAGACAAAUUGGACUAAUGGUUUUAUUGUGGGUACUAUCGAUGAAUUGGCCAAUGAACCAGGACUACGAGGAAGUUACACACCAAAUUUUGUUUUAGGCAAAAAGGGAUUUGAAUGUCUAGAUCCGUUUAUACCAGUUUUAGUAACAAAAUAUAACACAAAAGAAAUGUAUAAUUGUUUACAAUAUUAUCAAGAUUAUAACUGGCUUCAACAUCCUUCAUCUAAAACAAAGAAAGGUUUAGAUGAAAUUAUUUUUCUCAGUGACUAUAAUCCGUAUACAUUAACACGAGUUUGUGGUUCAAGAUAA